CAAAAAGAGCCAAUCAGAUUGUUGCUCACAGUGACGCAAGGAGGCAGGAAGUUGAAUGGCCUGAAGAUAAGAGGUUUAUGCAACCAUGUGGCCAGUGAUCUGGACUGCCAUGCGCACUUAUGCGCCCUAUGUGACCUUCCCAGUGGCCUUUGUGGUGGGAGCUGUUGGAUACCACCUUGAGUGGUUUAUCCGGGGAACUCCUAAUGCCCCAGGAGAAGAGAGAGGCAUUGCCGAGCAACGGGAGGAUAGGAAAUUAGAGGAACUGACCGGUCAGGACAACACACAGUUCCUCAGCCUGAAGGACAAACUGGAAUUCACACCAAGGGCAGUGCUGGAAAGAAACCGACCAGAGAAGAGCUAAGUUUUAUUAAAUGUCAUGAAGUCCUGCAAGAUUACCUUAUAAUGAAGUGCAACAUCUCAAGCUUUGGGCUCAUUUGUCACACACUCAGCGGCCCCAGGGACAGAAACUUUAUCAGAAAACUUUUUUGUGGGAUUUCAUGUCCAUUCCUAUGCCACUUCAUUCAGCCACCCUAAUUACAUUUACAUGGAGUCUUGCUGUAAUAUUUACCAGGCCAGCUGGUGGAACUUGACUGCUGAGAGAAUGUUUUACAACUUUCAUUCUUUGAGACUUCUUAAUAUUCAUCUUCUGCCCUGAGGCAUGCAGACACAUGACUAUAUUGCACAAGUCCUAACUUGGAAAGCUUUAAUAUGUUUUCCAUGCGUGCUCCCUGUCAUAUGCUUAUGAGACUGAAGCUCAAAGAAAGACCACCUUUGUUAAGUUUUGUGUCUGCAUGAAUAUAAGUGCAUCUAUGCAAGGCAACACUUGAGUGGGACUAGAAAAUGUUUGAACUUUGAGUGGCUCAGAACACUGAGAAAUUCAUACAAGCUCUGUCAUUGUUGUCUUUUGCUAAUUAGUGAUAAUGAACACAGUGAAUAGUGAGGAAUGAAAGCUAAGUUCUUCCUCAGUGUCUUUUCGGUUCAUGUAAGAACUCUGCACACACUUUGAAUAUGUGAACCAGAAGGUUUAGCUUGUAUUUCAAACCAAUUAUCUGUGGUUUUGAGUCCAUUUGCAUGUACAGUACAGUGAACUACCUAUGUAGUGCUUUCCUAAGCAUUAUUAUGGCUAAAAUAUCAGUGAUAAUUGCACAGCUGAAUUUUGUGCUGAAGUGAGGCUUCCUUGUGUUCAUAUAAUAUAAUAAAUGUAAAGACAGUUGAAUUUUGGUACUGUGUUUGUCAGAUGUUCUUUCCGUCUAGUGUGAAUUUUGCACAUUGCACAACAAUGCCAGAAAUCAUAAAUAGGGCUGGGUGUCAAUAUAGAUUUCAUGAUUGUGUUCAAGUUUUUUUUCACUAUCUUGACUUGAUUCUUUUCUAUUUGAAUUUUAAUCAAUGACAGUAGGUAUGUUUCCACUGUAAUGUCCAUGUUGCUAAUAUGUGGGGGGAAAAUGGUUUCAAACUCAUUCAAACCAGUAACUUCUCUUUUUAAACUAUUAAUUAAA